AUGCUGUUAACUCGAGCAGAAGUUAAACAAAAAUGUCAAAAUAUCGUCGGGAUUUUGAAUAAUUUCCCGGAUUUCGACCAUUUCAACCAGACCGACAUCAAGCUGGGCGAGAAGCCCGUCCUGUUCAGAAGAAGCCCGGAAAAGUAAGUCUGCUAGCCAACUUCAAUAUUUAAAGGUUAUAUGUUAACGAUGUUAUCGAAAAGUUGCCAAAAUCAUGUCUUAUUUUCAAAACCUCACUAUUCUUUAAAUUUUUUGGUUAUUGCAUGACCAAACCAGUACUUGUGCCUCAUAAACCAACCACAUUAUGUCAUCAUAUAUCUUGUAAUCAUUAUUUUAUAGCCUACACGCAGGAAUAGAACCAAUCAAAGUGCCAGUAGGCCAUCUUGGUCUCCUUGUUGAAGUACAAUUUGGUAUUAUCGUCGGAGAAAAGAUUGAAAGUUACAAAAAAGAAGAUUUCCCCAAUAAAAUAUCAGGAUAUGUAAUCGUAUUGAGUUUUACAACCAGGUAGGGCAGUUAUCGUUUUAGAAACAGUAAUAAAAGCUUUUGAAACAUCAAAAGCAGUAAAUGUUUUAAAAUUACUAUACCAACAUAAAACUGCUUUACAGGGAAUCAAAAUACGAAUGCCAAGACAAAUCAUUCGCCUUAGUCAACGAAUUCGACAGCAGUGUAUCCAUAUCUGAUGUCAUCCCGGUCGAUUCCAUCAAAAAACCGGACGCUGAAGUGGUAAGUUGGAAACAGUAAAGUAAACUACUUACUAUUUACUUUCCAUAUAUAUAUAUGAAUAACAACCUUACAUAUAUUACACAAUAACACUAAAAAGCCAUUUUAAAUACGAUGUGACUGACCUAAUUAACUAUCAAAUAAACCCAAACUUUAGAUUUGGAAUCGCCUAGACGGUGAGGAGAUCCAACGUGCCACACUCAAAGAUAUGCGAUCUACAGUGGCAGAAACGGUCGAAUUCAUAUCCAACUAUGUUGUACUAGAAGAAGGUGACAUCAUCCUAUGUGGACCUGCCAAAGAACCUCACUAUGCUAAAGUUGGUCAAAAAUUAGAAGCCGGAAUCGAAAAUGAAAUCAGAUUCGAAGUUACGAUUGGAAAGGCUACAGAGUUCACGACAGAACUGCACGAUGUCACUGCUGACAGACAUUACGAAGAGGAGGGGGAGAUCGUUCAUGAACCCGAACAUAUCACCGGUGCUCCUGCUUAA